CGCGCCCUUCUUUGUCUCUUCUUGCAACUUAUUAUGGACACACAUAUCGAGCAUGUUGUUGCACAAGCUAUUGACGAGAUUAAUGACGAGCUACGCGACAUUAGCUUGAAAAUUCACGAUGACCCGGAAACAAGCAAUGAGGAAUUCCAUGCUCAUGCUUUACUUACCGGAUACCUGGAGAAGAAGGGGUUUACAGUAACUCGUUCGGUUGCGGGCCUGGAUACAGCUUUCUUGGCUGAAUAUUCCAAUAGCUCUCAGGGUCGUAGACUUGGCUUUUGCAGCGAAUAUGACGCAUUACCAGGAGUCGGACACGGUUGUGGUCAUAACUUGAUUGCUAUCAGUGGUGUCGCAAGUGCUGUGGCUAUCAAAGCCUUGUUGGAACGUAAAUUGAUCCAGGGCAAGGUUGUGCUGUUUGGAACGCCGGCGGAAGAGACGACUGAAGGAAAAGUAGUUCUCGUCAAGAACGGCGAAUUUCAAAAAAGAGUCGACUUUGCACUGAUGUUACAUCCGUAUCCUUACGAUGUAAAUUAUUGCAACAUGCUUGCACUGGACGGGGCUACUGUUGAAUUCUUUGGUAAAGCUACACAUGCUGGUAUGAAGCCGUGGGAUGGCAUUAAUGCUCUCGAUGCAUUUAUGCAAGCAUGGAACAAUGUUUCCAUGUUGAGACAACAGACAUUGACUAGCAACAGAAUUCACGGUAUUAUUUUGGAAGGCGGCAAGUCGGCCAAUGUUAUCCCAGAUUACGUAUCGGGCAAGUUUAUAGCGCGUUCUCUCAAAUACGAACAAUUGGUUGAGCUCAAACAAAAGUUAGAAAACUGCUUCCAGUCUGCAGCAAAUGCAACUGGUUGCAAGCUCAAGAUAACGUGGGACCCUAAUGGAGCUGUGAAAGAUGUGUUUAUGAACGAUACCCUGACUGAUAUCUAUCGCGAAUACAUGGAGAAGGAAAAUGUUGAAUUCUUGCCUCGAUCCGAGGAAGAGAAGAUUUUGACCGGCAGCACGGAUUUCGGCAACGUUACAAGAAUUCUACCAGCUACUCAUCCCCAUUUUGGCAUUGGUAUCGAUGCGCCGAUCCACUCUGUAGAUUUUAUGAAGGCUGCGCGCACAGAAAAAGCUCACGUAAACACCAUACGGGCAGCACGAUGCGUCGCAAAAGCAGCAGCAAAAGUUUUAGUCGACGACGCUUUGUAUGAACAAAUGUUGUCUGAUUUCAAAAAGGGAAAGAAAUAAACGACACUUUGGAAUUGGCAAUGAUGAUGAUAUUUGUGACUCCAAAGAGGCAUGUUUAUGGAAUUUAGAAGAGUAUGAUAAGCGACACUGACAGCCGUCCACGACACUUUAAUUGUGUUGAUCAAUAAAACUCGGUUCUUAGUUUC